CACAUCAGUUGUUCGUCACAUGUUCGACGUGAAUGAAUAUCAACCUGUACAUAUCGUCUAAUACGUAACGAGUCAAAAGAAGAAUAAAAAACUGUAUAUUCCAAUUUAGCUAAUCAAAGAAACGAAAUAUUUUUUUGUAUAAUUCUUGUCUUUUUCGUGUGUUGAGUGCAGGCGCAUUUCCACUGUGCCAGUUAAGCGUUCUCUUUCGUGCUUUUUCGCUGCAUGCAUUCUGCAUAAAACCGCAAUACUCGAAAAGUCAGUGAAAAUUGCAAAUUGGUGCAAAUUUAAGCGCUGGUGAAAAGUGUUAAUGCGUAAGGGCAGCGCUCAAAUCCACUGGGUGAAGUGAAAGGUGCAUACAUUGUUUAUAUGCCAAAAACAAACAUACUUACAUAAAUGUAUAAAUGUGUGUUUGAAAUUCCUAAGCUGUGUCUGUGGUGUGUUUCAUGAGUGAAUUGGAAAAUUCGUAAAGGAAAAUUAUUCGCAACAAAUCUGUUUAGUGCGUAUGAAGAAUAAUAAAUAUUUCCGACCACGUUGUGUCGAAUUUGUCAUAGAAAGAAGGAAAAAAAUCCCAAACAAAAAACGUGCGCGCGUGCUACAACAAUAACAGCUGGAAAAAAAAUCGUCGAAAGCUACCAACAAACGCUCGAAGUUCAGUUCGGGCGCGCAAAACAUAACAAUUCGUGUCGCUGGCGAAGUAAACAGUGUGCAGUACGUGUUGUUGCAGCAGCGAGUUAACCUUCAGAAAAAAGCGAAGAUAACGUGUCAAGCGUCAAAGUAGCGCUUGAAGCAACAAAAGAGAGCAAACACUCAAAAUUGAAAGUUUGUAAAAGAAAUUAAUAACAAAACAACAACAMUUGUGCUGAAGAAGUGGUAAAUAGGUUAAAAUUGUGUGGUGUCGAUGCGUUGAAAUAAAAUAGAAUCCCAAAAAAGAUACACAAAUACCGAAGAAAAGUAAUGCAACAACGCAAAACCCGCUGAAGAGCCACUAUUACUAAAACAGCAAUAACAAAAGUAAAAAAAAAUUGAAAAGCUCGCUUGUAUAGAAUUUACCCUAUCUCAAUUAUUUGUUUAAGUGUAUGUGUGUAGAGAUUCGAGAUCGAACGAAAAAGAGAGGGAGAGAGAGAUACUAACGAUCGCGUGAGCAUUUAAAAGUGUAGAUCAGACGCUAAAGGUGAAAGCGGAAAGUGAAAUUAGAAAAAGUCAAUUGCGAAUAAAAAGUAAAAAACAAGAUAAAUUAAAAGUAUUAAAAACAAAAAUAAAAACAMCGAUUCAACUUUCGUUGUAUUGUGAGCGGCAAAUUGCGCAGUCCGUACACUAACGGACUCACACAUAAUGACAAUUUGUUGACUACCAAAAGCGGCGACCCAAAGCACUUAGCCACCGCUAACUAUUUCACCAGAAACAACAACCAUAGCAGCUGAUCAACAUACCAACAAUAACAAUAUACGGUGUGUGCCGUGUAUAGUGAAAAUAGAAACUGUAGAGAGUAGAGCGGAUGAGUGGCUGAAAAAAAAGCCGGCUGCGGCGGUAAUUUUCAAGUUUUUGAAGAUCACAGUUUUAAAAUAAACGGUGUAAGAGUCGAACGCGCGUUAAACGCAGUGACGAAAAGUUGUGAACAGUGUAAAUGCGCUAUACCAAAAUUCGAAAUACAUUCGAACAACAAGUGYAGUGUAUAAAAGGUAUAUAAACACKUAGUGUUUUGARAAUUUACGAAAAUUYACGAUUUUAAAGUUUCGAAAUUCAAGUUCGAAUUUUCGAAGUUCAAUUACGAAUUUUCGAAAUUUAAAUCAACUUACCUGCAGCAAAUCUCAUUUGUUUGUGUGCAAUUUAUAGCAACAUUUAGGAAACAAAACAACAACAAUAACGGGUAAAGCACAAAAACUUUGCAGUUGGCUCGCGUCGGUAUCGCUUAUCUGUGAGUGACGCGGUGUCUGUAGGUUUGUGCGCGUUUAAGUGCAUGAGUGCGUUUGGAAGACGUUUACGAAAAAACAAAUCAUGGUAAAUAACAACAGCAAAGCAACGUUGGCGACAACAACUACAGCAACGACAAAAUCAACAACAACCACAACAACAGCGAAUACAAAGCAACAACGUCAAACGGUUGGUGCCGGUACAACAGCGUCGUUGAGUUCAGUCGGCAGUGCACAGCAGAAACAACAAAAUCAGCAACCACAACAACAAAAACAGGAAAAGUUCGAACAACAGCAAAAUAUUGUCACAAAGAAUAGCAACAAAAACAAAAAUCAGAAAAAUUGUGACAACAAUGAAAAAGUGUGCAAUGAUAGAAAUGAAGACAACUACAAUAACAACAACAACAACUUCGACCCCAACAUUAACGGUGAUGUUGGUGUAAAGGAAGAUAACAACAACAACAACAACAACAACACGUUAACAACAAAAACAAUUAAGACUGCGUCAACAACAACAACAAUCACAGCAAGCGCGUUAAGCGUUUCCGCUACAGCCGCUGACAGCAAGCAGCCGCCAGAGGUCGUCAGUUGCAUCAGCGCCAAUGCUAAGGAAAAUGCGAACGACAAUGAAUUUGAGAGCGCUGCGAAAGAACGCCAGUUGCCAAGCAAAGCGGCAACAAAUGGGAAGAACAAUAACAACAACAGCAGCAACAGCAAUCGUCACAAUAACAACAAAAAUGCAAAARCACGCAAUGCCAAAAAAACCGACAAACAAGCUGUUAGCCAAAAUAAUCGCAACAGCAACAACAAUAAGAGCACUAAAAGUCAAAAUGGCAAAGUGUUUACGAAUAGCAAAAACAACAACAAGACUAAUUGGAAGCGUGUUGAGAAGCGUAACAGCAUCAUUUUCAGCACCAAUCAUCACUACAGCAACUACAAUAGCAAUGAUAACAACAACACAAUUAAAAACAACAAAUAUCCUACACAGCAUUCUAAUACGCCUAGCAUUAUGACCGAUGACGAUGAYGAUUAUCGCGACAUAACCGAUACCGAGUCGGUGCGUUCCAACGAUUGGCCACGCAAAUACUCACGUCCACAACAACAACACCAACAACAGAUAAAACAAAAACAGCAACAACAGCAAAGUGCUAAAAAACCAAGUGCCAGUGACUUAUUGACAGCCGCCCUAAUGGUGCCCUGUGAAAAGUGCAACAAAGUGAAAGUACAAGUGCAACAACAACAAGGCAACAAUUCGAAUAUGUCCUCAUAUUCGAAUAGUUCGCGCCAAUAUCGUAAAUCCAAAUCGUAUAUGGGUGAAUGUGUCGCCGAAGAGACAGGUGGUAGUGGGCGCAAUUCUGUGGCAUCUGUUGACAAUUGGCGUAAUCCCAGCGGUAAUAGUGGUAAGGCUAGUCGCUAYCAACGUUCSUUGAGCGAUCGKCGCUCUUCRUUUGAUCGCAUGUUUGCCGAACGCAAUAAGGAUUUCGUGCCAAUUGUCCAGCCAACCCGUCCUAUGCUUGCUUCGUCGAAUAUCGAAUGUGUUCUUACAGAUACCGAGAAAAUAGUGCUCAUCGAACGACUGGGGAAAGGCCGUCAGACAUAUCCAUUAAUGCAG